AUGAUUCUGAUGUACAUUUUAAAUCUUGAUUUCGUUAAAGACGCGCAGAACAUACUCGAAAAUUUGGACUUGAGGGCAAUCUUCGAUGGCUUCCUUGAUAUCUUACAAUGUGUACAAUGUGUAAACUUGCUUUAUGGUGAUAAGAGUUUGAGAUCCCUUAAAUUAACAAUUAACGAGGAGUUAAGGAAUGUGAGCAGUUGGCUGAUGGUAAAUAAGUUAUCUUUUAACGUCAAAAAAUCUAACCUGUAUUCAGACCGUAUCAAAAACCUGUUGGUUAUGAAGUGAACAUAAAUAUCUUUGACUAUAGCACCAAUUCCUUUGUCUUUCUGGAAAGGAAAGAAUAUAUGAAAUACCUUCAGUUGUGUCCUUAUCGAUUCAAAGUUAUCUUGGACUCAACGCAUUGCAUUUAUUUCAUCUAAAAUUAGAAAGUCUUCAGGGAUUUUAUCAAGCUUGGGACAUUUUAUCCCACAAACCGUAUUGCUAAUCAUAUAUCAAUCUCUUGUUCAACCUUACUUGUCUUAUUGAGUUGCAGUCUGAGGCCAAAGUGCCCGGUCAAAUUUGGAAAAGGUGUUGAUUUUUACAAAAACGUGCUCUCCGCAUAAUAUUUUUUAAACCCUUUGGAUUUCAUGCUGUACCUUUGUUCAACAUGUCAAACAUUCUUCCUCUUCAUCUUAUGUAAUUCAAAACAAUCUCUUCUUUUAUGCAUGAUUUCGUCAACUAUCUUACGCCUCCUAACAUUUCAGAAUUAUUUAGUUAUUCUUCAGAAAAACACCACUAUUAUACAAGGUCCUCAGUGGCUGGCAAUCUCAGAGAACAGAACAUAUGAAAGACUGGAUGCAAUAAUCUAG